UAUAUUAUCUUAUAAAAGCAUGAAAGGUUUUGCAGAUCAAGUUGCACAACUUUGUAUAGAAAAAUAUGCAAAACUUAAAACAGGUAAACCAUCAGAAAAAGAAUGGACUGUAUUAUCAGGCAUUGUAUUAAAGAAACCCGAUAAUUCACUAUUUUUGGUAGCUCUUGCUACGGGUACAAAAUGUUUAGGAGAAAUAGAUUUAUUAAAUACAGAGAUAUACAAAGAAGGUUGUAGAUUGAGCGAUUCACACGCUGAAGUUCUUGCUAGACGUGCCUUUCUAAGAUAUUUGUAUAGCCAAAUUGAUUUAAUACUUGAUGGUAUUAAAAGUGAUGUUUUUGAAAUGAAUGAUCAGAAUAAAAUUAAACUGCAAAAUGGAAUAUCGUUUCACUUCUUUACGAGUCAAACACCUUGCGGAGAUUGUUCCAUAUUUUUAAAAGAAUUAAACGAAAAUGAGGCACCUCCAAUAAAAAUUAGGAAAUGCAAUUACAACAACGAAGAACAAACGAAUGAUACAAACAAGAAGGAACAAUUAAUCGAGGAUAUAUAUAGAACCGGAGCGAAAUGUGUUGCAUCUGAAAAAUACCGUGAUCCUUAUUUACCUGGAAUAAACUAUCACGUAGUCGGACCAUUACGCACUAAACCUGGAAGAGGAAAUCCUACUCUUAGCUUGUCUUGUUCGGACAAACUAGCAAAGUGGAAUAUUCUUGGUUUACAAGGUUCACUUUUAUCAAUAUUAAUACCAUCGAUAAAAUUAGAUACUGUCAUAGUCGGAGGUAACUGUCCCUUUUCUUUAGAGGCAAUGGAACGUGGAUUAUAUAAACGAUUCAACAACGAUGCAUACAAAAUAAAAGUUGUACAAAGUAAUAUUUCUUUUGAACAUCAGAAAAGUCAUAAGAGAACACAUCCAUGUCCCUCAAGUAUAAUAUGGUGCGCUGUGAAAAAUCGUGAUACAGAAAUAGCAAUUGAAGGUAGGAAACAAGGUGCGACGAAGAAAAAGAAAGGUAAUAAUUUACUUGUAACAAGAAAAGCUUUAUAUGAAAUGUUUUUACGAAUUUGUGACAAAUAUCAGAAUAAUGACUGCGAUAUCAGGCAUCCGAAAAAAAUUACUUAUUUAGAUUGUAAAAAAUUGUCCAAAACUUAUCAAAAUCUAUGGAACACAUUAAAGUCGAGUUUUUUCCAGGCAUGGCCUUCCAAACCAAUUCACUUACAAACUUUUGUGUUAUAAAAUUAUUAUUAUAUAUAGUACAAAUAUAAAUAUUUACAUUAUAUUUAUAAUAUCCGUCUGCUUAUGUUUGUAUAGCCCACACCUAGACAGGU